AGCUGAUUGCUAAUAUCGUAUUUAUUACGAAAACACUUCUCGUCUACGACGUUAACCAUUGUUUUGCAAAUCACUCGCAAGAUAUUCAUCUCAACGUGCAAGCGACACUCAAUUCACAGAUAACAAAAACGUAUUCUUCAAGUUGUGAAACAAUACACAAAUAACCAACAAAAACGACAUGGCACAAUCCUCUGUAGCUGGCACAGCCUCUUCUGCCGCCGCUGGCGCCGGUGUGACGAUUCCAGUCGACACUACUGGUGCCUUGGAUAUCGGUGUGGAUAUGAAUUUAGUGGAUAUGAAGCACUGCUUCGAAAAUCUCAUAGUGAUAGAUGCGGGUGCGAAUCUAACAAACAAAAAAUAUAGCCGUGAUCUGGAAUCAGUAAUACAACGAGCCAAGGAUGCGGGAGUACAGAAAAUAAUGGUUCCAGGCACAUCGGUAAAAUCUAGCAAAGAAGCGCUUCGUCUAUCACGAAUUUAUCCCGAUAUAAUUUAUUCGACUGCUGGCAUACAUCCACACGAUUCCAAAUCGAUUGUCGAGGAACCGAACACUUGGUUCGAGUUCGAGCAUAUUGCGGCUUCACAGGAAUGCGUCGCUAUCGGACCAUGUGGCUUAGAUUAUCAACGUGAUUUCUCUGAGCCAGAGACCCAAAAGGAAAUUUUUGAAAAGCAGAUACAUUUAGCUUGCAAUUUGAACAAAUCUCUGCUUAUACAUGAGCGAUCCGCGCAACAAGAUGUACUCGAUAUCCUGGAUAAAUUCGAGACUUUACCACCUAUAAUCAUAAGAGGAUUCAUGGGAACGGCCGACGAAGCAGUCAAAUAUCUAAAUAGAAGAUUCUAUAUCAGUUUAACUGGUUAUUUAUGCAAGGACAAAUCAGAUAGUGGAGUACGCAAACUCUUAGAAAAUGGAAUUCUUCCUAUCGAUAGACUGCUCGUCGAAACGGACUCGCCGUUCAUGUACCCAAAUACAAGAGCUUCCAAGCUGCCGCAACAUGUUAAGACUGGAAUAACGGAACGUUCGCUUUUAUAUUUACAUAGGUACUGCACCUUUCAACGCAACGAGCCUUGUAGUUUGCCCGCCAUCGUAGAAAUGAUAGCUGCUUUUAUGAAGAAAACGCCCGAAGAAGUAGCUUUAGCUACAGCAUUCAAUGCAUUGAAACUCUUUGGCCUAUCCUAAAAGUUAAUGGCUGUGAUAUUACUUAUGUAGACUGUCAUACAAUUGCUUAGUGCGACAAAAUAUCACUUAAAGCACAUGCUUUCCAACCAUAAAACAAGGAGUG